AUCUGCAAAUGCCAUACUCGGUUCACUUCGUUGAGAGUCUCAGUGGCGUAAGGUCGACGAAGUCCGUGCAAUUUGUUGACAUUAAGGAUUCACUCCGUUCCUUAGUUAUUCAUCAUGUCUACUGAAACUCUGUUCCAAGAAGCAGCUGAGAAGGUCAAGAAGCUGGCCAAGCAGCCUACAGACGAUGAACUCAAGGAGAUCUAUGGGCUUUACAAGCAGGCUACAAUUGGUGACAUCAACACAGAGCGGCCUGGCAUGCUGGACUUCAAAGGCAAGGCCAAGUGGGACUCCUGGGAGAGCAAGAAGGGCAUGACGAAGGAGGCCGCCAUGACGGCGUACGUCGCCAAGGUCGAGGAGCUCGUCGCUGCGUACGGUCUGCAGUAGACGCGACGACACACGGCCACUGGUCACACUAUGAAGCCACGCUCUCGUUCUCAAUGUUAUACCUCACGCUAAUGAAUUUGGGUUUGAAGUCAUCGGUUUGCUGAAGAUUAAAGAAAGAUAUUUCGAUUGAAUCAGCUAAGCUACAGGCUCUUGAUGUUUUCUUUUUUUAGAAGUCACAGCACCCAAUACGUGUCCAAAAUUAUUUUCAAAUCUGUCUAUUGAUCGUCAUGGAGAAAUUUAUAGGUCUUCUUUUUCCGAAUGCAAGAGUGCAUUAGGUUGCACUGAUAAAAUAAUUGAGUAUUGUGUUCUGGGUUACGAGUUAUUAAAUUUGAAUG